GCUUCGGGUUUCAUCUUGACAGGGGGUAGGGGCUGGACUGCUUUUGGAAUAUACGAAGAUCCAUUGAAGGCAGAGCGGACAUAUAACGGCGGUGCUGAGUUCCUGCCGGGGGCCUGGCGCUGCAUUCCUGUCCGCUGCCGGAGCUUCAGUGCAUGGUGGUCCGGCCCGGCUCGACUCGGUUCGGUUCGAUCACUGGGAGCACAUACACACACACACACACACACACACACACACACACACAGACUGAAACGGAGAGCGAGCAGCGUGCCGUGCGCUCCAUCCUCCUCCGCGGCGCUUCGUCUUCCCCCCCCCCAACGCACCCCGGAGGCCCUGCUGCAUGUCUGACAUCUAGACAUGUUCAUCUCGGUGGAUUCCAGGACUGUACUGCUCCUCUGCCUCGUGGCCGCGGCCAGAUGUCAGCAGGAGGACGACCAGGCGGAAGGGGGCUGCGUGCAGGCUGACCGGCACUAUAACGACAAGGACGUGUGGAACAGAGCCUGUCACAUUGUGUGUUGCGACACUGGGACCAUCCUGUGUGACGUUAUCUGCGAGGAGCUAAAAGGCUGCCCAAACCCCGAGAUCCCAUUCGGAGAGUGUUGCCCCAUCUGCCCGGCUGAGCAGGCCCCUCCCAGUGGACAAGUUGGUGUUAAGGGACAGAAGGGAGAACCAGGAGAUAUCAUUGAUAUUGUAGGACCAAGAGGACCAGCAGGCCCCAUGGGGCCCCCAGGAGAGCAGGGACCACGUGGCGAGCGAGGGGAGAAGGGAGAGAAGGGAAGUCCUGGCCCCCGUGGCAGAGAUGGCGAGCCUGGUACCCCUGGGAACCCGGGCCCCCCUGGCCCUCCUGGGCCAAAUGGUCCCCCUGGGCUUAGCGGGAAUUUCGCAGCUCAGAUGGCUGGUGGCUUUGACGAGAAGGCUGGAGGUGCUCAGAUGGGCGUGAUGCAAGGACCGAUGGGCCCUAUGGGUCCAAGAGGACCACCGGGCCCCACUGGAGCCCCUGGUCCUCAAGGUUUCCAAGGCAACCCCGGAGAGCCUGGAGAGCCUGGCACUGCAGGCCCCAUAGGUCCCCGCGGGCCGCCUGGACCUCCAGGAAAACCUGGUGAGGAUGGUGAAGCUGGCAAGCCUGGGAAAGCUGGUGAUCGUGGACCCUCUGGGCCUCAGGGAGCUCGUGGAUUCCCAGGAACCCCAGGUCUGCCUGGAAUCAAAGGACACAGAGGUUACCCGGGUCUUGAUGGUGCAAAAGGAGAAAGUGGAGCUGCAGGAGCUAAGGGUGAGGCAGGUUCUUCUGGUGAGAACGGCGCGCCCGGACCGAUGGGCCCCCGUGGUCUUCCGGGUGAGAGGGGCCGACCCGGACCUCCCGGGUCUGCUGGUGCUCGUGGAAACGAUGGCUCUCCAGGCCCCGCUGGCCCCCCUGGGCCUGUUGGUCCAGCUGGUGCUCCAGGCUUCCCUGGUUCCCCAGGUGCCAAGGGUGAAGCUGGUCCCACGGGUGCUCGUGGACCUGAGGGAGCCCAGGGACCCCGCGGCGAAUCCGGAACGCCAGGAUCUCCCGGACCUUCUGGUCCUUCUGGUAACCCUGGUACCGACGGUAUCCCUGGAGCCAAGGGAUCUGUUGGAGCUCCUGGUAUUGCUGGCGCUCCUGGCUUCCCAGGACCCCGUGGACCCCCUGGACCUCAGGGAGCCACGGGACCUCUAGGGCCCAAAGGGCAGUCGGGUGACCCUGGUAUUCCAGGGUUCAAGGGUGAAGCAGGUCCCAAAGGAGAGCAAGGCCCCGCUGGACUUCAGGGUCCUCUUGGCCCAGCAGGAGAGGAGGGCAAGAGGGGACCCAGAGGAGAGCCUGGUGCUGCGGGCCCAAUUGGACCUCCUGGCGAGAGAGGCGCUCCCGGUAACCGUGGUUUCCCAGGUCAGGAUGGUGUGGCUGGUCCCAAGGGUGCCCCUGGUGAGCGUGGACCUCAGGGUGUGUCUGGACCCAAGGGUGCCACAGGUGACCCAGGCCGCCCUGGAGAGCCUGGUCUGCCUGGAGCAAGGGGUCUUACCGGUCGCUCUGGUGAUUCUGGUCCUCAAGGCAAAGUUGGCCCAUCAGGUGCUCCUGGUGAGGAUGGCCGCCCUGGACCUCCUGGUCCCCAAGGAGCACGCGGUCAACCUGGUGUGAUGGGCUUCCCUGGGCCCAAGGGAGCCACCGGUGAGCCUGGCAAACCAGGGGAGAAAGGACUGGCUGGUGCUCCAGGUCUCAGAGGUCUGCCUGGGAAAGAUGGUGAGACCGGUGCUGCCGGCCCCCCUGGCCCAGCUGGACCUGCCGGAGAGAGAGGAGAACAAGGUCAGCCUGGACCCUCUGGGUUCCAGGGUCUUCCUGGACCUCCUGGCCCCCCUGGUGAGGGAGGCAAGCCUGGUGACCAGGGUGUUCCUGGAGAGGCUGGGGCUGCUGGUGCAACUGGACCCAGAGGUGAGCGUGGUUUCCCUGGAGAGAGAGGAAGCGCUGGACCUCAAGGCUUACAGGGGCCUCGCGGGCUGCCCGGAACUCCUGGAACUGAUGGACCGAAGGGAGCCAUUGGGCCAGGCGGCCCCCCGGGUGCUCAGGGACCUCCUGGCCUUCAGGGCAUGCCUGGCGAAAGAGGACCUUCUGGUAUUCCUGGACCUAAGGGUGACAGAGGUGACAACGGUGAGAAAGGACCUGAGGGCGCGCCUGGAAAAGAUGGCUCCAGAGGGUUAACCGGCCCAAUUGGUCCUCCUGGUCCAGGUGGUCCCAACGGUGAGAAGGGUGAAUCCGGACCUGCUGGUCCCCCUGGAGCUCCUGGUACUCGCGGUGCACCUGGUGACCGUGGUGAGACUGGUCCCCCUGGGCCUGCUGGCUUUGCUGGUCCUCCUGGUGCAGAUGGUCAGCCUGGAGCUAAGGGAGAUCAAGGUGAGGUUGGACAGAAGGGUGAUGCUGGAGCACCUGGCCCCCAGGGACCUUCUGGAGCCCCAGGGCCACAGGGUCCCACAGGUGUAUCUGGACCCAAAGGUGCCCGUGGUGCACAAGGACCCCCUGGUGCAACCGGAUUCCCUGGUGCAGCAGGCAGAGUCGGACCCCCUGGUCCCAACGGUAAUCCUGGUCCUGCUGGCCCUGCUGGUCCUCCUGGAAAAGAUGGCCCCAAGGGUGUCCGUGGUGAUGGUGGCCCCCCAGGUAGACAGGGAGACCCUGGGCUUCGAGGUCCUGCUGGCACACCUGGAGAGAAAGGAGAGCCUGGAGAGGAUGGACCCCCUGGUCCAGAUGGUCCCUCUGGCCCACAGGGUCUGGCUGGACAGCGUGGUAUUGUUGGUCUGCCUGGACAGCGUGGUGAGAGAGGUUUCCCUGGCCUUCCUGGUCCCUCUGGUGAACCUGGCAAGCAAGGUGCUCCGGGUACAGCAGGUGACCGUGGACCCCCUGGGCCUGUGGGACCCCCUGGAUUGACUGGUCCUGCUGGAGAGCCUGGAAGAGAAGGCAACCCUGGGUCUGAUGGGCCCCCAGGUAGAGAUGGUGCCACUGGAAUCAAGGGUGACCGAGGUAACACUGGUCCUGCUGGUGCUCCAGGAGCCCCAGGUGCACCUGGAGCCCCAGGUCCCGUGGGUCCCACUGGCAAGCAGGGAGACAGAGGAGAGGCUGGAGCUCAAGGACCUGCAGGACCAUCUGGGCCGGCUGGGGCCAGAGGAAUGCCUGGGCCUCAAGGGCCACGUGGAGAUAAGGGUGAGGCAGGCGAAGCUGGUGAGAGGGGACAGAAGGGACACCGCGGUUUCACCGGUCUGCAGGGUCUGCCUGGACCUCCUGGUCAAGCUGGAGACCAGGGUGCUUCUGGACCUGCUGGCCCCAGUGGAGCAAGAGGUCCCCCAGGCCCUGUUGGUCCUGCCGGAAAAGAUGGAGCCAACGGUCUGCCUGGUCCUAUUGGACCCCCUGGUCCCCGUGGUCGUUCUGGAGAAACUGGUCCAGCUGGUCCUCCUGGUAACCCUGGACCCCCUGGUCUUCCUGGUCCUCCUGGCCCUGGUAUCGACAUGUCUGCAUUUGCAGGCUUGUCUCAGCCUGAGAAGGGCCCUGAUCCCCUCAGGUACAUGAGGGCUGACCAGGCCUCUGGUAACCUGCGUCAACAUGAUGCCGAUGUGGACGCUACCCUCAAGUCCCUCAACAACCAGAUUGAGAACAUCCGCAGCCCAGAUGGGUCCAAGAAGAACCCAGCCCGCACCUGCAGGGACCUCAAGCUCUGCCACCCUGACUGGAAGAGCGGUGAAUACUGGAUUGAUCCUAACCAGGGCUGCACCAUUGAUGCCAUCAAGGUCUUCUGCAACAUGGAGACUGGUGAGACAUGUGUCUACCCCAGCCCUGCCAGCAUCCCACGCAAGAACUGGUGGUCCAGCAAAAGCAAGGAGCUCAAGCAUGUUUGGUUUGGCGAGACAAUGAAUGGAGGAUUCCACUUCAGUUAUGGCGAUGACAGUCUUGCACCCAACACUGCCAGCAUCCAAAUGACUUUCCUGCGCCUGCUGUCCACGGAAGCCUCUCAGAACCUCACCUACCACUGCCGCAAUAGCGUGGCCUACAUGGACAAUGCCAGCGGCAACCUGAAGAAGGCUCUGCUGCUGCAGGGUUCCAAUGACGUAGGGAUCCGUGCUGAGGGCAACAGCCGCUUCACGUACAGCGUGCUGGAGGAUGGCUGCACGAAACACACAGGGCAAUGGGGAAAGACAGUGUUCGAGUACAGAUCACAGAAGACAUCUCGUCUGCCCAUCGUGGACAUUGCCCCCAUGGAUAUAGGUGGAGCAGACCAGGAGUUUGGAGUUGACAUCGGUGCAGUCUGCUUCUUGUAAAGAAGCAGGAAGAAACAUACAAGAUAAAAAGUAAAACACACAAUCCAAAAAAGCAAGAAGGAAAGAAAGAAGAAAAAUCAACACCUUUUUAAAUAGGACUUUUUUAAGUAAAAAAAAGUACUUUCCAAGUCAUACUCCAAGGAUAUCUGCACUGAAUGGCACCAGCAAUAUUGAUCUGUGAUUCACUGAACAGUACAGUCUCUUCCAGAUGAUCCACUUCCUGAAACCCAAAUGGACUCCACCCGCCUUGAUCUAACCGCCUUUGUGAAGAGAAGGAACGAUAGAAAGAUGAAGCAUGUGAGAGAGAACAAAAUGAAAAAAAAACAUGACUUGGUGUUAUUUAUUUAUUCUCUGCCUUUGUAAGAUCCUUAUGGGGUCACAGUGUGUGACAGGACCGAACCUUUCACAUGCACACGUACAUCUGCAGGCCUGGUCCACACCCACCCCACUCUCCUCUGUCCUUCUCUCGACCCACCAAGAAAAUUGUCUAACCCGGACCUUACAAAAAAAUCUGUGUAAUAAGUGCAGGUGUUCCUACUUCUACCACCACAAUGUGUAAGGAUUACUGUGUAUUAUAAUAAAAUCAAUGGUGCUAUUGUUGUAAAACAGUCUGUAUUUUUUAACAACCAGAUACCAAAAAAUCGGUAUGCUAAACGUUUUUCACCCUGAUGCCCCAAAAUAAUUUUUUUUUAGUUCUUUUGUAAUGGAUACACAAUGAACUUCCAUUAACCCUGAUUAGACUUAAUCAGUCUUUUUAAAGCUACCUCACGCUGAAAAAAAUUAUCUAAAAUCUUGAUGCUAAAUCCAAGCUUACGGAAUGUAGCUUGGAUGAACUUGGAGCUUGAUGGGGAGUGCAUGCUUAGGUAGCCACAUCAUCAAAGGGUGCUACAAGUGCUAUACUUCAAGGUCCCGCCCCCUUGCAUUGCCAAACUUUGUCCCGUCCCCUUCUCAAGUUCACUUCCAUCCCCAACCCAACACCCACCCAACCCUCUCACACAGAAUACCAUGGCUACCCUGGCUGACACACAGACGGAUUGAUCUGGGACAUGAAGGAGCCCUGAAGAUCCCCCCUGAGCUCACACCCCAGAACUGAAUCGCACGACAAUCAGUCACUUUAUUUUACCAAGGAUUGCCUACCAUGACC